AUGGGGAGUGAGGUGAUGAAGAGGGAUGAUGUUGCUGCUUAUGAUGCUGACUCCUCGGCCGAAACGCAGAGAAACUUUGAUAGGCGGAUAACGUCGCUCUCCCUAAAACAGCGCAAAGAUAACUGGCUUCUUCUCAGUACAGUGCUAGAGGAACGACGAAACAGUACGAGUCCGACUGGAGACUUUAGACGCGCGCACCGACCAGCAUCAAACAACUUCACGGGCGUCAAAUCAAGACCUGGAGACCCUGUGUGGCGCCUAGAUACGGGUCUGAUCACUUGCAUAGCCGGCUCCAUCUCCACGCGCACGAGACCACGCCGUUGCGCGUGUGGGUUGGGGAAUUGCUCGGGGAAGGGGAUAGUGGCUUGCCGCAAACGCGUUUGGAUGCGACUUUUUGUCAUUUCCCCUCCCUCGCUUUUUUUCCUCGGGACUUGCCAAUGUGCGCAUCAUCUCCAUGUCGCUGCGGUUCCUGUCGGAUCGUCAAGGCUGAUACAACACCCUAGCCCGCAUGCCCAACCACCUGUCAGAGGCGACUUUGUUGACCCAUCGUUCAGCUACCGUCUGAUCGCUGGGCGGUGCCAAAAGAAAGAUUGGCCAGGCACCCACGACGUUUCAUCCUCACGUGAAGAAUAUCCCUCCAAGGGUGUUGAAAAAAAAUAUUACUGGGAAGACUUCGAAAGAGCCAAAGGAGCCGCAGCAACAACAGCAACAGCAGCAGCAGCAGCCGCAAAACCCAAGCAGCUUUACUCCCCUAUAAGAGCCAAAAGAAAGCAGCCCAGUCACAAGUGA